CCGGACUAGGCUCGCCGCGCUCGCUGCCGCCAAGCGCCGGCCCGCGGAGGCGGCGCCCUCGGAUCCCUGGCCGGAGACUGUCGGGACCGCCGAAUCUGCGGCCCCAGGGCGGCGGCGGCGGCGGCGGCGGCGGCGGGAAAGAUGAAGAACGAAAUUGCUGCUGUUGUCUUCUUUUUUACACGGCUGGUUCGAAAACAUGAUAAGUUGAAAAAAGAGGCGGUUGAGCGGUUUGCUGAGAAAUUGACUCUUAUACUUCAAGAAAAAUAUAAAAAUCAUUGGUAUCCAGAAAAACCAUCAAAAGGACAGGCCUACAGAUGCAUUCGUGUCAAUAAGUUUCAGAGAGUUGAUCCUGAUGUUCUGAAAGCCUGUGAGAACAGCUGCAUCUUAUACAGUGAUCUAGGCUUACCAAAGGAACUCACUCUGUGGGUGGAUCCAUGUGAGGUGUGCUGUCGGUAUGGAGAGAAAAACAAUGCAUUCAUUGUUGCCAGCUUUGAAAAUGAGGAUGAGAACAAGGAUGAAAUCUCCAAGAAAGUUACCAGGGCUCUUGAUAAGGUUACCUCUGAUUAUCAUUCAGGAUCCUCUUCUUCAGAUGAAGAAACAAGUAAAGAAGUAGAAGUGAAACCCAGUUCAGUGACUGCGACCCCAAGCCCUGUGUACCAGAUUUCAGAAUUAAUAUUCCCGCCUCUUCCAAUGUGGCACCCUUUGCCCAGAAAAAAGCCAGGAAUGUACCGAGGGAAUGGUCAUCAGAAUCACUACCCUCCUCCUAUUCCAUUUGGUUAUCCAAAUCAGGGAAGAAAGAAUAAACCAUAUCGCCCAAUUCCAGUAACAUGGGUACCUCCUCCUGGAAUGCAUUGUGACCGGAAUCACUGGAUUAAUCCUCACAUGUUAGCACCUCACUAGCUGCUUUUGAUUCUGUUGGUGUCAGUGUUGAGAGAAGGUAGACCAAGCCUGACCACAUUAAAAGUUAAAAGUUCAUACUCAUACUAGUAAAGUUAGAUGGGCCAAACCAUCAACUUAUUUUUAUAGAAAAGUUAUUGAUAAUAAUCUUUCUUAAAAAAUAUAUAUGCACUUUAGAUAUAUUGAUAUAGUUUGAGAAACUUUAUUAAAGUUAGUCAAGUGCCUGAGUUUUUAAUAUUGGACUUGAGUAUUUAUAUAUUGUGCAUCAACUCUGUUGGAUACGAGAACACUGUAGCAGCAGACGAUCUGUUCUAGCACCUUUGAGCAUUUACUUUAUGGAGAGUAUGUAAGUUAUUUAUACACAAGGAAAUCUAUUUUAUGUCAUUGUUUAGAAAAAUUGCGUGAAAUCAUGUAGUUGCAAAUAAAAAGUAGUUUGAGGCAUGA